UUUUUUUGUUUUGUUUUCAUCUUGUUUAGGUUUGUUUUUCUAUCAUUUUAUUUCAUUUCAAAUUUGACGCUGGUCCUGUGAACACACACACAUAGCGAUUCGAAAGAAUCUUACGAAAGUUUUUUAAAAUUUAAAAAACCAAAAAAAGAACGAUGCAUACACAUAAAUUGAUACGUUUGAUAAAAGCAAGACCUAUGCUUUAUAAUUUUGAAAUGGAAGAUUAUAAUAAUAAAUUGAUUGCCGAACGUAAUUGGUCAGAAAUUGCAUUGGAAAUGAAUGCUUCCGUUAGCGAAUGUAAAACUAAAUGGAAUUCAUUACGAACUGCAUUCAAUACCUAUUUGAAUAAAUUGAAACGUAUGAAAAAACCACGUACCAAAUGGAUUCAUGCUGAUGAAAUGGCUUUCCUUAAACAAUAUCUUAAACGUAAUCGUUAUUCAAGUUCCGUUUCAAUUCAUUCAAACGAUAAUAAUAAUUCGAUACAUCAUUUAACCGAUAAGGAUAUUCUUUCGGCAACUGAUGCAGCAUUUUUAAUGACAUUAACAACAAUGAAAUCAAAUGAUGAUCAUGAUUUAUCCAAUUCUAAUCAAAGUGGUGUUAGCCAUGUUGACUAUUAUGACAAUAAUGGUGGCCAAAAUUCAUCACCAACACAUUCAAUAAUGAAUCUUUCGAUGGCAACAAAACGUACCAGAUCUGGUUCUUUAUCAUCAUUUGAACGAACAACUACUGUUCAACAUCGAAAAUCAAAUGGUACCUCCUCGUAUGGCAAGGCAAAAAUUUCGGAGCCUAAUCUUGUUGAUGUAGAAACCUGUGACGAUAAUGAUCAUGAAGAUGAUGAACAACAAGACGAUGAUUAUGAUGAAAUGGACGAAGUUCAACAUUGUUCAAAGAAAUUUAAAGCUGUGAACAAACAAGAAUUGGACGAUGAUAGAGACCAUCAUGAAAAUAAUGGUUGUUUUGAUUUGAACAAUGUUAAGAAAGCCAUUACCGUAUCGUCAACAUCGAACGGUGGUGAAAAAAUGAAACGAAUCACAUUGGAAGCUCCUGAAUCGAUGCUUAUCUGUUUCGAUGUACACCACCAUAAUCAUAAUCGACAUCAUCACAAUAAUUUAUCCAAAUGGACCCCUACAACCGCUGACGAUUUAACAGGAUCCGAAAUGGACAUCUUUGCCGAUUACGUAGCAAUGAAAUUAAAAUCAUUUUCGGUGACUAAUCGCUUAGAAAUAAUGACCAAAAUCUGGCAUCUUCUAACCGAAGUAACAAUGCGUCAAUACUCAACUUCACCACCAUCAUUGGCCAGUUUGAUACCAAUCAUAACGCCACAUUGUCCACCGGGUAGCACUAAUCUUGCUCCACAAGACUUACGUUAAUUGAAUACUGACAUUGUAAUUCAUUUCUUUUUCCAUAUUUUAUCUGUGAUAUAGAAUGUAUAGCCAACAUAUUACAUAAUUUAAUUAUUUAAAUAAAUUAUCCUAA